CCUUUAUAAUUUACCUAUUUAAUUAUAAGAAAGAAAGAAACAAAUUUCACCUACCCAUUGUUGAACCUUCCCCCGACGCCCACCAUACCUCAGUUUGAGGGCAGACCCACCCGCAGCCUUUACCAUACUCUCUCUCUCUGUCUUCCAUUUCCAACUCGCAUUUUCACCUGACCUACCAUCUCUUCAAUUUCACUCACCAGUCUGCCAUGCUAAUUCGAGCACUUCUUCUAUCAAGUUCUGACAGAUAUACUUUGUGAACUUGGUUUUUUAUUCAUCGUGCGUAGUUGAAGCCACUUUGAUAUUAUUUGUAAUACAAGAAGAGGAAAGUGUAUGCCGCAUGCUUUUGGACUGUUAGUAUAGAAGGUUUCUUCAUGGUCUGAAUUUAUAGGAAAGGGCUCCCUACCUAUCAAAAAAAAAGAAAAAAGAAAAGGGCCCUACACUUCCAAAUGGAGGAGGUUCAGCUCAACAACUCAGAAGAUGUAAUUUGUCCCAUAUGCUUGGAUUUCCCUCACAAUGGUGUUCUCCUCCAGUGCUCAUCUUAUGAGAAAGGAUGCCGACCUUUCGUGUGUGAUACAGAUCAUUUGCAUUCAAAUUGUCUGGAUCGAUUCAAAACUGCAUAUGGGAUGCCAUCUGGUUCACAAGCACCUUCACCAUUGGAUGCUACUUCCCUAGAAAACAUCCAUCCAAUAUUGUCAAAAUCCAGUGACAAGCCAUCUUGUCCUUUAUGUAGGGGAGAAGUCACAGGGUGGGUUAUUGUUGAGAAUGUCCGUUUACAUUUGAAUGAGAAGAAACGUUAUUGUGAGGAGAAUCAAUGUGCAUUUAUGGGCUCCUACUUGGAACUUCGGGAGCAUGCUCAACUAGAACACCCUCACGCGUGCCCUUCAAAAAUUGAUCCUGCUCGGCAGCUUGAUUGGGAGAACUUCCAGCAAUCCUCUGAGAUAAUAGACGUUUUAAGCACUAUCCAAUCAGAAGUUCCACGUGGUGUGGUUUUGGGAGAUUAUGUGAUCGAAUAUGCAGACAAUGAUACGGCUGAUGAGUUUGAGGACUUCCCUGGUGAUGAAGGCAACUGGUGGACAUCAUGUAUCUUAUAUCAGGUGUUUGAUAACUUUAGGACUUCUAGAAACAGAAGAAGGUCAAGAGCCAGUGAUUCGAGAAGAGGAAGUCGCAAUUUGAGUUAUGAAACAUCUAAUUCUGAUGAGGGUUCUGUCACAUCAGUAGAAUUUGCAGAGUACAGAGUUGAUGAGACUGAUGAUGAGUUUGUGAGUACAAGUGACCAUUCAAGGCGGAGAUCUGGUAAUCUCAGUUCUCGGAGACGACGUUCCCGCUUCUAUGACAAUUAAUAAGUAGGUAUGCAUGACCCCGGGGUCCCAGCAUUCUCUUUUCUAUGCUUUAACUUCCUGUAACAAUGGGUUCUUUUCUUUGAUGGUCUUACGUUGGAUUAAACAUUUAAAUAUUUGAUAGCAUUUCUAGGUAUCACUAUCUCACCUGAUUUUGAAACUUGAAUUUCAACUCUAUACUCUCAUUCCGUCUCCCACUGCCUCAUGUUUUGGAUUAUGAAGCAGGAGGCUACAGUUUACAAGGGGUUUGGUUGAUAACUUCGAAGUUGUGUUUUGUUACUCAUGUUGUCCUCUCCUUUUUAAAUUUUCUAGCUGUGCUUGAAUAGAGAGAAGUGGAGUGAACUAUGGAAUGGAAGAAAAAUGCAUAGAGAUACAUCACUCCAUUCAUUGGAAAGUGGAAGCAACUGGGAAGCUUGCAGCAGCUGCAGGUCUCAACAUAUGUAUAUGCUCUGCUGGUUAGACAUAGAUUUUCCAUAUAUGGCUUUUGACAAUUUCAUGUCAUGUCAUUAUGUUGGUUGCGACUGCUUUUGUUAUUUGGAUUUGUCACGUCAAGUUGGCUGUUUAAUUUAUUAUGUACGAGUUCUUUGUGAAAAAUUUGAACUUCUGCAUGUCCCCUUUACAUGUGCAUAUAUAUAUAUAUAUAUAUGCAUAUGCAUGCUCGUCAGG